ACUUCACAUUACAAACCCCUCCUCAUGCUUCUACUCCCUCAGUCAGUCACAGCUUUCUUCCUCCUCACUCACUCCAAAUUCCUCUCUUUCUCUCUCUAGACUAGCAGAGCUUGGGAAAGAUAGAGACCAACUGGAGAGCUAUGAAGGGUUCUUUUGGGGCAGUGAUGCACCCUUCAAGCGACGGGAAUGCCCAAAUGGGUGGUGAUGGAAUCAUAAAGCAUAACAGGAAAUGCAGAGAUUUGGUGUUCCUUGUCAUCUUCAUUGCCUUCUGGGUCGCAAUGAUUGUUAACUCCAGCUUUGGAUUCAACCAAGGGAACCCUUUGAGGCUUACCUAUGGACUGGACUACAAAGGAAAUGUGUGCGGCGAUAGGCAUGCAAAUCCUGGCCUUCGUGAAUUAGAACUCAGAUAUUGGUUGAACCCCAACCAGGUUUACCAGAGUGGUUUGAAAGACAGCCAAUUCGAGCUUGAUAAUGCUCGGAGUAUCUGUUUAAUGGAUUGCCCAACCCCGUCAGAAGAUUCACUCACUUGGGUGUGUGAUUAUCCAGAGGGAGAUAUUCAUCUCUCAGUUGAUGACUGGAUUGAUAGGAAUUAUAAUUUUUACGCUGACCUUACUCCUGAGCUAAGGAACACAUCACUUCAACUUCAAGGCCCCUGUUACCCAGUUAUAUUUCCGAGCGUGAAUGUUUACUGGAGCUGCCAGUUUAUUGCUCGUGCAUCAAAUGCGUCUUUGCAGCAUUGGCAGCAGAUGGGUGGAGUAAGCAUUGCUGAGAACAUGCUCAUAGAUGAAUCCAUUCACAAUUCCAUCAAUUCACGUUCAUCUGUUUUAAAGAGAUAUGUUGCUGAUGUUGGAAAGUCUUGGCCCGUAUUGAUCUUUUGUGGAGGAAUCUUGCCACUCUUUCUAUCGUUGAUAUGGCUUUUGAUGAUCAGACAUUUUGUUGCUGGGAUGCCAUGGAUAACCGUCAUCCUCUUUAAUGUCCUCAUAAUAUCACUUACUAUGUUAUACUAUCUAAAAGCUGGAUGGAUUGGAAACAGUGCACUCUCGCCCAUAAUUGGAGAGCAUGACCCAUAUUACCACACAUCUACGAGGGAGCUUAGUCAUCUUCGUGCUGUUGCUGUUCUCAUGACCGUUUUGAUGAUUGUCUCCCUUCUUUCAUCUAUUGCCAUUGUCCGCCGCAUCCUUAUGGCAACGUCUGUUCUCAAGGUUGCCGCCAAAGCCAUUGGAGAAGUUAAGGCGCUUAUAAUCUUUCCAGUCAUACCUUACACCAUCCUUGCAAUAUUUUACAUGUUCUGGUUUUCGGCUGCUCUCCAUCUUUUCAGUUCUGGUCAAGUCCUGGAGAAUGACUGUGACUCCGACUGCUGUGUCCAUGAGCUUGGGUUGAAAAGAGUGGUCUGCGAUCGUUGCUGUGGUUAUAGUAUCCAUCAUACUCCUCAUAUCGGUGCUGCAAUCCUUUUCCAUCUGUUUGGUUGCUAUUGGGCUACACAGUUUUUUAGAGCAUGCUUGUCAACGGUGAUAGCAGGUUCUGUUGCUUCCUAUUAUUGGGCUCGUGGUGAAACAUCGCCACAAAUUCCAUUUCUUCCAGUUUUCUCCUCAAUGAAGCGGCUUAUGCGUUACAGCCUUGGGUCUGUAGCUCUUGGCUCUUUAAUUGUAUCAUUUGUUGGGUCCUCACGAUUUAUACUUGAGGGAAUUCGUCGCAAAUUGAAAGUCGCUAAUACAGUCCCUGAAAGCCGAAUAGGAAUGGUGGCAUGUCAUUCUUCUCAGUUCUGCCGACGGUGUAUUGAUUGGACCCUCAAAUCCGUUAACCGAAAUGCCUACAUUAUGAUUGCUAUAACGGGCAAAGGCUUCUUUAAGGCGUCCGAGAUCGCAACAGAACUAAUCAUCAGUAACAUCCUUCGGAUAGGGAAAGUGAAUGUGAUUGGUGACGUUAUUCUCUUUCUUGGGAAGUUGUGUGUGAGCCUUGCUAGUGCAGUUUUUGCUUUCCUCCUGUUGAACACUCACAAAUACAACUCUGCCCACAACAAGAUCUCCUCUCCCAUAUUUCCCGUGCUGGUGUGUUGGGCUUUGGGAUACGUCGUUGCAGCUCUUUUCUUUGCAGUUGUGGAGAUGUCUAUCGAUACAAUCAUCCUCUCAUUCUGUCAAGAUUCUGAUGAGCACCACGGCACAGCUCAAUAUGCCCCUCCACUUCUCAUCGAGACUCUCAAUGACCAAAACGAGAUGCAACGACUUACUCAAUAACGCGUGAAACCUGCCGAUGCUCAUUUGCCCUGUGCUUAUAGUCGUUUUAACAGAAUAGUCUUUUACAUUUUGUUGUUGUUGAUGAUGUUGUUUUGCCUAUGCUCAUCUGCAGUUUCUUGCUCGUGACUUUUUGAAUUGUUCAAUUGCCCUAUUGUAUAUAUUUUAGGUGAGAAACAUUGAGAUGCUGAAGUUUCCUAUAUCAGUAGCUUUAAGUUUCAUCUAAUCCAAAAAAGGAUGGAAACAUGCGAAAAAUUUCAAUGCAACGGUUAUUUGCAACGCUCUCCAAAUAAA